AGGUUUGAUUUUGAAAAACUCUUUUUCAGAAAUCUUUUUUUUUUUCAAAAAAAUUUUUUAAAUGAAUUAUCAACAAUUUAUCAUAAAAGCAAUGAACUACGAUCAUGGUGGUAGUCAUGAUAGCGAUGCAUGUAAUAUGCAGAUGCUUUUUAAUUGGGAUACAGAAAAACUUUGUAUCAUUUUUACUUGGUGGCGCGUAAAUAGUAUUGGUUUUCUUAUUUUAUCUUGUUUCAUUAUAAUUCUUCUCGCAACUAGUUUUGAAUUCUUAAGAUUUGCAUUGAGAAAAUACGAUACAAAAAUACAAGUUUCAUAUUCACAAUUACAAGAAGGAAGGGAUGCUAAUUCUGAAGAAGUUGCCACACAAAGUAAUGCAAACAGAAUAACUUACGUACAACAAUUAGUUCGUACGUUAAUUCAUACAUCUCAAGUAUUUUUAUCAUUUUUUCUUAUGUUAGUUUUUAUGACUUAUAAUGGAUUCUUGAUGAUUAGUGUAAUAAUUGGUGCUGCUAUUGGUUACUUUGUUUUUUCAAGUAGUGUAAUAGAUUUUGGGGGUAAAUCAAUAACUUGCCAUUAAAUUAUUAAGUCUAAAGAGUUUUUAUUCUAUUAUUGAGCUUGUAAAUGUUAUCUGUUUAAGAGAAAUAGUUUAUGUAUGUUAAAUUUAUUAUUACUUUUUUUUCUAUUACUUUUCUGAUUUUAAAUAAAUUCUCACGGUUGUUUAUACGUCAUUGAC